GGUCAUCCGCCGCGUCAAUACGGUGUAGGGAGCGAGGCGCAGCUUCGCAAUUACACCGCGGAACGGAGGAGAGGGCGAAAAAAUGAUUAAUCUGUCAAAGGCGAAUUUGUGUUCGGGAUGAGACCGCUCUGACAUUCAGCCGACCGGAACGAAGCCCCCUCAAACAGGCGCGCACAAAUUGAUGCACAGGAAUCUGAGAUCAAGCUGAUGCACCGCCAUAGCAGGUGGUGCUUGUAUAAUCGUCCAGGGUCUUGUUACUUGUCUCUGCUGCCCGAUCUGCGCGUCGUUUCAGCACUGGACAGCGACCGGGACCAUCGGACACUGAAGACACCGAGGGAAUCCUGAGGCGGGUCGGUCCGACCCUCGCUUGGCUCGGGGCAAUGCGCGGCUAGAUGACUUCACUACAUCAACAAGCACCGCGGUAUCCUGGACUAAUAUAGCAGUGCCACAUCCCCCACCCCCUCCUCUUCCUCCUCCUCCUCCUCCUCUCUCUCUCUCUAUCGCUCUCUCUCUCUCUCUCUGCCUCUCUCUCUCUCUAUUCGCUGAUCCCUCCGACUAAAGGCACCAUGGGAAACCGUGGCAUGGAGGACCUGAUCCCGUUGGUCAACAAGCUGCAGGAUGCCUUCAGCUCCAUCGGUCAGGCCUGCAACCUGGACCUGCCGCAGAUCGCAGUGGUCGGCGGUCAGAGCGCAGGAAAAAGCUCCGUGCUGGAGAACUUUGUAGGCAGGGACUUUCUGCCCCGUGGGUCUGGUAUUGUCACCCGCAGGCCCCUGGUUCUGCAGCUUAUCAGCGCCACUGCAGAAUGGGCUGAAUUCCUCCAUUGCAAAGGGAAGAAGUUCACAGACUUCGAUGAGGUUCGCCAAGAGAUCGAAGCAGAGACAGAUCGUGUCACGGGGGCCAACAAAGGCAUAUCUCCUGUCCCCAUCAACCUGCGGGUUUACUCCCCUCACGUGCUGAACCUGACUCUCAUCGACCUGCCGGGGAUCACUAAGGUGCCCGUUGGAGACCAGCCUGUGGACAUCGAGCAGCAGAUCAGGGACAUGAUUAUGCAGUUCAUCUGCAGAGAAAGCUGCUUGAUCCUGGCCGUCACUCCAGCCAACACUGAUCUGGCCAACUCUGAUGCUCUCAAACUGGCAAAGGACGUUGAUCCACAGGGUCUGAGGACUAUUGGAGUGAUCACCAAACUGGAUUUGAUGGAUGAAGGCACAGAUGCCCGCGAUGUACUGGAGAACAAGUUGCUGCCACUGCGAAGAGGUUAUAUUGGAGUGGUGAAUCGCAGUCAGAAGGACAUUGAUGGGAAGAAAGAUAUCAAGGCAGCUUUGGAGGCUGAAAGGAAGUUCUUCCUGUCCCACUCAUCGUACAGGCACAUGGCUGAUAAAAUGGGCACCCCACGCCUGCAGAGAGUGCUCAAUGAGCAACUGACCAACCACAUCCGGGACACCCUGCCAGCUUUCCGCAGCAAGCUGCAGUCCCAGCUGUUGGCUCUGGACAAGGAGGCCGAGGAAUACCGGGGAUACCGACCUGAUGACCCAUCUCGCAAAACCAAGCAGCUGUUGCAGAUGGUGCAGCAGUUCUCUGUGGACUUUGAGAAAAGGAUUGAGGGUUCAGGGGAUCAGGUGGACACAGUGGAGCUGUCUGGUGGAGCAAAAAUCAACCGCAUCUUCCAUGAGCGUUUUCCCUUUGAACUGGUCAAGAUGGAGUGCGAUGAGAAGGAGAUGCGUCGGGAGAUUAGUUAUGCCAUCAAGAACAUACACGGUAUCAGGACUGGACUUUUCACCCCAGACAUGGCGUUUGAGGCCAUUGUAAAGAAGCAGGUUAUAAAGCUGAAGGGGCCCUGCGUCAAGUGUGUGGACAUGGUCAUCCAGGAGCUGAUAAACACCGUGCGCCAGUGCUCCAACAAGCUGGAAUGCUUCCCCAGGCUGCGUGAAGAAACUGAGAGAAUUGUGACUUCUCAUAUCCGAGACAGAGAGAGUCGGGCCAAGGACCAGGUUCUGCUGUUGAUAGACAUCCAGCUGUCUUACAUCAACACUAACCACGAAGACUUCAUUGGCUUUGCUAAUGCGCAGCAGAGGAGCAGUCAGACCAAUAAGAGCCAGAGUUCAGCAGGAAAUCAGGUCAUUCGCAAAGGCUGGCUGACCAUCAACAACAUCAGCAUCAUGAAGGGAGGAGCCAAAGAGUACUGGUUUGUGCUGACUGCCGAGAGCCUCUCCUGGUUUAAGGAUGAUGAGGAGAAAGAGAAGAAGUACAUGCUCCCUCUGGACAACCUGAAGGUCCGCGAUGUGGAGAAGAGUUUCAUGUCCAGCAAGCACAUAUUCUGUAUUUUCAAUACAGAGUCAAGGAAUGUGUACAAAGAUAAUCGCACCCUGGAGUUGGCCUGUGACUCUCAGGAUGAUGUGGACAGCUGGAAAUCAUCUCUUCUACGUGCUGGGGUCUAUCCUGAGAAGACCACUACGGUUGAGAGCGAGACUACCACCACCGCAGAUAACUUCUCCAUGGACCCUCAGCUGGAGCGUAAAGUGGAGACCAUCCGUAACCUGGUAGACUCCUACAUGGCUAUUGUCAACAAGUGUAUACGGGAUCUCAUGCCCAAGACCAUUAUGCAUCUCAUGAUCAACAAUGUGAAGGAGUUCAUCAAUGCAGAGCUACUGGCCCAGCUGUACUCUGCAGGUGACCAGAAUGCCCUGAUGGAUGAAUCCCAGGAGCAGGCCCAGAGGAGGGAUGAGGUGCUGAGGACCCAUCAGGCCCUAAAGGAGGCCCUGAGCAUCAUCGGUGAUAUCUCCACCUCCACUAUCACCGUCCCCAUGCCUCCACCUGUUGACACCUCUUGGAUGGGAGGAUCUAGUGGUGGUCGCAGGUCUCCUCCACCGAGCCCCACUGCACCCCGGAGGAUGUCUUCAGGCCAGCGCCCAGCUCCCCGAGGGGCUCCACCACCACCAAACCGACCAGGACCCUUGGGGCCCUUCAAUAACAGUGCUGAUAGCCCACAGGCUCCCAGCCGCCCUAACAGGGCCCCACCUAGCAUCCCCAGCCGACGACCCCCUCCCUCUCCUACAAGACAAGUCCCACCAUAAACAUCCAAAGGGGUUUUCUCAUACCCCCAUUAUCUCCCUCCCUCAUCCGAUCCAUUCCUCCUCUCUUAGCCAUGGCUCUGCUGUCCUGGUCUCUCCUUAGUGCAGACACUGAAGUCUUUGACCCUAAGACCCCCAAUUUCCUGCCAGGUGACGAUGUCCAUAUAUCUAUGUACAGUAUGGUACUUGUCUUGUGGUGUAUGUGUAUGUGCGCUUGUUGCUCGCCUGUGGUCCAGGUUUGCUUUAGCAGAUCCACUACCCAGUAUCAGUCCCUGGAACCUCUACCCCCACCCCCACAAACCCCUCACCAAGUCAGCCACUACCACCACCACCCCUCCACUUGCUGCUUCUACAUGAAAAUACGCUCAGCAGACGUACUGCCCUUCUCAUUCCAAAAUGCAGCAUGGCACAUAAGCUGCUUUUAUUGCAUGGGAGUGUGUGUAUGUAGAGUGUGUGUGCGUGUGUUUUGUGUGUAUGUAUAAGGGGGAGGGACUAAUUUGCCUAUAUGUAGGCUGAGUUUGAUUUAGUAUUGGAUUAAUUUAUUGUAUAAUGCCCCAUUAAGUGUUAAUUAUCAGCUUAAUGUUCUCUUAGGAACAGAAGUUGUAUCUUAGUAUGUGUGUGUACGUGCGUGUUUGUGCGCGAGUAACUCCGUGUAUGUGUGUAUGUGUGUGUAAGAGUGUGUGAGGACACGUGUGCAUGUGCCGUCUGUCUGCACGUUUGUUGGCGUUUCAGUUGUAUUUGUUUUCAUGGUCAAAGCUGUUAAUGAUGAAUCAUAAAACCCUUGGGGGUAAAUUUAAUGUUGGACUUUUGUGAGUUGUUCCUGUGUUGUAGUAGCAGCCAUACACACAUAGCAAGGCUGAGGAGCACCUUCAGUAUUCUCUAUAUGGAAAACAGCCUCAAUAAUGCAUUUAACCCUGUCAUAGGUGUCCACCUGUGCUGUAUCAAUGGUCAAGUUGUGACCCUCACAGCCUUAAGCUCUGAUCCAGACGCUGACUCGUGAGAUGGAACUUGCCGCUUGAAAAAAGAAAAGAAAAAAAAAACACACACACAAUAAACAUGUCAAAACACAAGUUCUUUCUUGAAUGAACAAAGAACAUGUAUUUACAUGUUUCCAUUUAGCCUUUUUCUCAGGUUUGAAACAUGCAACUCCAUGCACAUCACAAACUAGCGCUCUUUCUCUUUCCUCAACUCUUCUAACUGCUGAUAUUUCCUCUACUCUCGCAACUAUCGAAGCCAG